AUGGACUUCGACGACGACGAGUCGCUCUUCGGAUCUUCUCCUCUAACUUCAGCGACGUUGGGGUCUCACUUCGCUGUCAGAGAUCCGAUCCCUCUCUGCUUGCCCGGAAUGGGCGCAACUCAACUACCGAAUGCCAACGGUGCUCCUGCGCAGGCGCAGGGCGCAACCUCGAGUUUACAAGUCCCUCACAUGCCUCAUCAAGUACUUGGCAUCGAGAAUAACCCCCUGGACGUUCCUUCCAGACCACAGACACCCGCACAGAGACGGCUUUCACGAAAAACCUCAAAGCCCUCUUCCUCUCGAAGAAGCUCUUCAUCUCAGAAAGCUCCCAUCUCCGCGAUUAACCCCGGCGUUCCCGUUCGACUGAUUCCGACAUUGCCAGGCUCCUCAGCUCCCACAGCAGAGACUCCUCUGUUCGCUCCGCCAAUUGCACCGGGUCACAGUACCUUGCCCCCUUUGCCGGCAUCGCUCCUUCUGUCACCUUCACCACCCGUUCUGAACGGGAAUGGCGCACCCUUGGCCUUAGGUGUUGGUGAAGCAUCUUCAAGCCAGAAGUUGUGUACCAAGUGCCACAAGUCUAAGCCGCAAUCGGAAUUCUCUUCCAUGACCAAUAUGGGUCUGAUAAGGGAGCGAAGCCAAUGCGAGCCGUGUCGCAGGAAGAGAAGGGAGUCAUCGGCUCGAUACAAGCUUCGCAAAGAAAAGGCUGAGACUCAGGCUGAGGACAACCAAGAGCAGCUUCAGCAGCAGCAACUUCCACACGGUGGCAUGGCGCAGUGUCCUUAUCAUGGCUUAAGCGAGCACCAGCCGACUCGUUCUUCUCAUCCAUUGACAGAAGUGACAUUCGCUCCCAACGCACUGAUCACAACCCAACAUGAUCCAAUCGACUUGACGUCUCCAACCUUUUCUUCCUUCUUCGACUGGCCAGCAGCCCAGGAACCAGAACAGGGCGUCGACAUUGAAGCUGAUAUGGCAUUCUGUGGAUUUCAGUCAUCGAAGCGAAUGGCGUCGCCGAGCUUAGUUCUCCCGCAAGAGACUGGCAUGGAGGCUGGACUUCCCCCAACUCAAAAUCACACAAGCGAACUCUACGACAUUGUGAGCGUCAAGACGCUUAAGACUCCCUUGACCAAGAAUGCCGAGGCCUGGCUUCUCAACCACGAGAAGCAAAAGUUCAAAGAAGGCCGCGAAAAGUGUGAGUGGAUGAAGACGCAGGAGAAGAAGACUUUGGUGGCGUGCUGGGAGAAGAGACAGGCCUCGAUUGUUCUUGGACUUGUCGAAGUGCCUGGCUCUGAUCUUCAGCCCAUGAUUGGCUAUUCCUACGCCGAGGGUUCGCACCAGAAUCUGCCUGGUGCUUACCCAGAUGACUAUGAUUGGCAUUGA